ACCGUUCAAUAACACCUCAAGCCGACUGGCCGCCCGGGAACAGACGAAGGCAGUGCUGCUGCUUACUUACAUGCGGACCGGAUCGUCCCUCACCGGGGAGAUACUCCAGCAACUUCCGGGCGCGUUUUACGUAUUCGAGCCUCUCCGUACUCUGUACGAAACAAACAGCAGAUUGCCCGGAAAGUACAAGGUGGCGGACGUGCACGUGGAGACGCUUAGGGGCUGGCUUACGUGCGAUUUCUCCCGGAUAUACUUGAAAUCUUUCGACGAUUUCACCUUCCUUGCUCUCGGCAAGCAAACAAAACAUCUCAAUGAAUGUCGGCGGCGCAGGCCCGUGGGAAUGGCUCCAAAAGACGUGUUCCUUCAGUGUGUAGAGGAUCUCAGACAGCGGUGCCUUAACUCGAGUGUUCGUGUUGUAAAAACCAUCCGGACCCCCAUGUCCAUGGCACUAAAGCUGUCCAAGGUCGUUGAUAAUCUGAAGGUGAUUCACCUUGUUCGAGAUCCGAGAUCUGUUGCAGUGUCAAAGAGAAUUGCAUGUGGGGCCUUAGAUUUGUUAAGCUGUGCCGAUCAAUACUGUCAACAGGUAACGCAAGAUAGUAAAAUCAAGCUUGAUUUUCCAAAGAAUUCUCUACUCGACGUGAAAUAUGAGGACAUAGCCAGCCGGCCACUCACGACCGUAAGGCGUAUGUUCUCAUUCCUUGGGCGGACACUUCCGGUGGCGGUGGCGGAGUUCGCGGUUGCGGUGACUGUUGGUGGCAACCGGAGCGAAUGUGAAGUCUGUCGGCAGGUGUGGCAGAUUGGAGAUCGCUCUGAUAGCUCACUGGACCACAUUGACUCGUGGAAACGGGUCAUCAGACCCGCAUUUGUAUCAAAACUGCAACAUGUUUGCAACCACAUGAUGGACAUGCAUGGCUAUAGAAUUAUACAGUAUCCGAAUAAUGCAUCUUCUGUGACUUGA